AUGUCUUCAUCCCACUCUCGAUACGCAAUCAUCACAGGCGGCAGCAGCGGCAUCGGCUACGAGGCGGCGAGGGAUCUCGCCACCGCGAACCCAGACAUGCAAGUCGCGGUACUUGCGCGGACCCCACCGCGGGCUCUGCCAGCGAACACGGCAUUCUACCCCGUGGACCUGGGCGAUCUGGCCUCGAUCCAGUCCUUCCUCGAUGAAUGGGACCAUCCCGUCUCGGCUUUGAUUUGCUGUGCGGGUGUGAGUCUGCGCAAACCGGUCCUGAACGAGGACGGCAUCGACACGACCUUUGCGGUCAACCAUGUCGGGCACGCUGCACUCUUCUUCGGCCUGAAGGAGCGAGGACGAUUCACAGCCGACGCGCGCGUCGUCUUCGUCUCCUCAUCCCUCCACCGAAGAGUGAGGUGGAGUAGCGCAGACGAAGCGGCACACGAGAGAUACCAGAGGGGCAUGACCGCUUAUUCGACCUCGAAGCUCGCCAAUGUCCUGUUCGCGAACACGCUUGCGCGAAAGGCAGCCGAGCAUGAGAGCGGCUGGCGCGUGAACACCUUCGAUCCAGGGUUUGUGCCCACGACCAAUCUGUUCAGGGGCGUGCCCCUCCUCGGCCGGUGGUUCAUCAAUUACAUCCUGCCCUGGUUCUCAUGGUUGCUGAAGCUCCGCGGCGCGGUAGUCUCGACACCAAAACGGUCGGGGAGGGUGCUUGCGCUUAUGGCAUAUGACCCGCAGUACGACGUGAAUGGCAAGUUCUUCCAUGUCGAAGAGGAGAAGGACAGCAGCGAGGCGUCGCACGACCGCGCACUCCAGGAUGACCUCUGGGACUGGACGGCGAGGUAUCUCAAGGUGCCGAAGGAGAUCAGCUGGUGA